GUGACAGGCAGGAGCAUUGUGCCGCGCACAGUACUGUGCAUACAAGUGUCUGAGCUUCCUGUUCUGCCAGAGCUGUGCCCUGCUUGUCACAUACCAUUACUCUGCUGCAUGCCACCCUGCGGCCAGUCAUGGCCGUCUCAGACCUAUUAUAAAACCAGACUUCAAGAAGAAACAAGGACAUCUCUGAAACUAUGGCUGCCAUCUUCAUUUUCACCCUGGCUGCUGUCUUCAUGUUCGCCCAAUGUGAUAGACAUCCAGUGAUUGUGGGUAAUGACGUUAUUGCUAAUUACUCCUACUGGGAACUGACCACUGUACCAACAAAUCUGUCCUCAGAAAUUACUGUGCUGGAUCUAUCACACAAUUACAUCCAAAAACUGGAAGCAACAGACUUUGGCUAUUUGUUGGUCCUUAGAGUCCUCAUUAUGUCCCAUAACCAAAUCUCUGAGAUAAACUGUAAUGUUUUUGACUCUAACUUUUACCUGGAAUACUUGGAUUUAUCCAACAACCAUCUUCAAAAUAUAUCUAGCACUUUUCCAGUUCACCUUCAUCAUCUGGAUGUUUCCUCUAAUAAUUUCACAACAUUGUCUGUUUGUAGAGGCUUGAGGAAUCUCUUGCAACUGGAAUACUUAGGUCUUGGUGCAGCUAAUAUUCUUAAAUCGGAUUUGGAAUCUGUUUCACACUUACAUUUGCAGCAUGUAUUCAUUGAUUUGAAUGGUUUAGAUAAAUAUGAAAAUUCUAGCCUUUUGGUGUUGAAUAUAAACCAGUUACACCUUUCCUCUCUGUAUAAUCAAAAAGAACUUUUCAGUGUACUUUUUGAUGCUGUUAACACAUCAACGUUUUUGGAACUAUCUAAUUUUGGUAAAUGGGAAGCAGUCCAUGAUGAAUAUAUUUCGGCAAUAAUUAAUAACUCUCGGGUUACCCAUUUAACAAUGAGGAACCUUGGCUUACUAUGGGGUAAUCUUGUCAACAUUCUUCAGAAAAUAUGGUACUCUUCUCUGGAGAGUUUACAUGUAUAUAAUUUCAAGAUUCAAGGAUUAAUAUAUAAUGUACAAUUUGUCUAUGCUAACACUUCGAUGAGAGAACUUUUAUUUGACCAUGUUGCUGUAGAAACAUUUAUAUUCAAUCAAAUCAACUUGUACAGGUUGUUCUCUGAAAUGAACAUUAAGAAUUUGACAAUUAGUAAUUCCAAUUUACUUUUUAUGUUAUGCCCUUCUAAACCUAGCAUUUUCGAGUACAUCGACUUUUCCAAUAAUGCAGUUACAGAUGAUCUUUUUCUGAACUGUUCGACGCUGACUAUGUUGAAAACUUUAAAACUGACAGGAAAUAAGUUAGAAAAGUUGUCUAAAGUAGGCCUCAUGACGGAGAGGAUGACAUCCUUACAAUAUCUAGAUGUCAGUCAGAAUUCUCUCGAGUACAGUGAAAAUAACUGCCGCUGGUCACCGAGCAUAAGAAAUUUAAAUAUGGCAUCUUGUUCAUUGCCCAGCUCUGUAUUUCAGUGUUUGCCAAAACACGUCACAAUGGUUAACUUGCAGAAAAAUGAAAUAUCGGUUGUCCCAUCCGAAAUAACACAUUUGACAAAUUUAGAAUAUCUUGACCUUGGAUAUAAUAGACUCUCCGAUCUUCCAGAUUGCCUGUUAUUCCCCCAUCUUAAGAUGAUAAGUGUUGAGUACAACCAGUUUCCAUAUCCAUCCCCUGAGUCUCUCAAAAACUGCUCAGGGCUGGAACGAAUGAACAUCGGAAACAACCCAUUCCAUUGUUUUUGUGAGUUAAAAAAAUUCAUAAAUGAGAGAAACAAGUCCCCAGCAAAAUUUAUUGGUUGGCCGGAUCAAUAUGCUUGUGAAAGGCCUGAUAAUUUAAAAGGGCUCAUGUUAAAGGAUUUCUACCUGCCUGAGAUUUAUUGUAAUGUUUUCCUAAUGAUUCCAGUUAUUGUUGUACCAAUCAUUAUUGGCCUUAUUUUAGUUUUUGGUCUGUGUAAGUAUUUUGAUGUACCUUGGUUUUUGAAAACGGGUUGGCAAUGGGUAAGCAACAAGCAUAAGUCUGGGAAUUCCAAGAAAGGCUAUGAGGAACUCAGGAGAGAUUACACCUUCCACGCCUUUGUCUCCUAUAGUGAACAUGAUGCAUCUUGGGUGAAGAACAUUUUGUUGCCCAACGUUCAGAGCAUGAAUAAUAUGCGUAUCUGUCAGCAUGAGAGAAAUUUUACCCCAGGGAGAAGCAUAGUGGAAAACAUCAUAAACUGCAUUGAUAAUAGCUACAAGUCUAUCUUUGUGUUGUCCCCACACUUUGUUCAGAGUGAGUGGUGUCAUUAUGAACUAUAUUUUGCUCAUCACAAGCUUUAUACAGAGAACACAGACAACCUUAUUCUUAUUCUACUGGAACCGAUCCCACAAUAUAUUAUUCCUUCAAAAUAUUUCAAAUUAAAAACUCUCAUGAAGCAAAGAACGUAUCUGGAAUGGCCACAGGAGAAAAGUAAACAUGCUCUUUUCUGGGCAAGUUUGAGGGCAGCUAUCAACAUUAAUUUGCCCACAGAAGAACCAGAGAGCUCUGCUUCUGUCCCAAGUGUAAGUACGUAAUUGAUUGGCCAGUGUGACCAUACACAGUGCAGCCUGACCAUGGGAUCCACAUGUGGAUUACUGAUAGUUGCUGGGCUGCUCCUCUAUGGUAUAGUGGAUCCCGUGGCCAGGCCAGAUUGUUUAUGGGCUUAAGCUUCAGUACAAAACAUGGCCAAUGGAGUGGGGUCAUUUCUAGUCAAAACAAGUUUGGCAUCUUAAUUCAACUCUUUGGACUGGACUGAACACUGGACCCUGGGCAAAAUGAGUAAUAGAAACGGUACAUAAAGUGGUAUCAGAUAUCCAUCCAUGGAUCUACUUUUUUAAUAUAUAUCAGUACUCAUGGCAAAAGUUGCUUAUACACUUUGUGCUAAGUCUGAAAUAGAUUUCAUAUUCAAUAUUAUUGCUGUAACAUAAAUGAAUUUACAUUGUGUCAGUAAUCACUAUGAAAAUAUACUCUGUUCUCUUUUUCAGAUUUUAAUUUGCUUUAUUUUUAUAUUGUUUGUCUAUUUUUAUAUGUUCUUUAGUGCCUUAUAGGUUUAGUCUGUAAAUUCCUAGAGUUAUAUUGUUGAACAAUUGCUGUUAUGGCUUCAAUUAAAAUUGUGUUUUACUUGCAA